AUGCGCUAUUCUAAUCAUAUCGUUGUAACAUCUGUUCUUGUUUUAGUUUCCGUUACUGUUGUCGCAGUUUUGUUUUUUUGGAGCCCAGACUCCCUUUUAAUAGCACCGGUAACGACCUUAGUAUCCCAACCACUCACGAAUGGACAAGUCAUGCUCUCCCCCCAGCAAGCGGGUUUAAGUGCAGAUGGAGAGCUGAAAAUAAAAACGCGAGCCAAUUCUAUAGUUACAAUGAAAAAAGCCAUUGCUAUUGCAACGAUCUUUGGCGGAAUUCUGGCUGGUGCCAGUUAUUACGUAAACACUGCUGGCUUAUCAACACUCGCUUCAUCAGACAAAGAUCGGCUGUUUUCCUUUGCAUCCAUCUUCAAUCGUAUUGCAAAUCUCAGAUUCGUUAAGGCCAUAACGGCACUCAAGUCGAAGCAUCUUAUGAAUCCGAAAAACUUUCCUGUCUACAUUGGCGUAGCUGUCUUUGCUGUUCUUAUUCCAUUAUAUUACAAAGGCUAUUUUGGUGACACUGGGAAUAAUGAUGCGAAAAAACAAGAAUGUGAUAAAAUCGGUGGUGAGUGGGUUAGUAGUAAUCAAACUUAUAUCUCUCCCUUGUCUGCAGGCAAAAACUCCACCAAUCAUCAAUCUGCUUCAACCAGUAAUGAUUCAACCAGUAAUGAUUCAACCAGUGAUGCUUCAACCAGUGAUGCUUCAACCAGUAGUGCUUCAACCAGUAGUGCUCCAAACAGUAGUGCUCCAAACAGUAAUGCUGAAGCAAAUAAUUUAGGUACUGAUCGUGUUAAUGAUAUGAACUCAACUCUAACAGACCAAGAAAACAAAAUUUCCACUAUAGUUAGCAAAACGGUUAACCAAACGAUUUCAAAUGCUACAAAAGGAUUAAAAAAAAUUUACAAUCUUGUUGCAGGGAUAGUUCCUAAAUCCGGCAACAAAGACGUCAGUGUGAACUCUGAUCCAUCUGUCCAUAAACACACACACACUAAAAAUACCAAUUCAAAAGAUCAAAAUGAAGACGAUAAACAACAAAAAAAUGAAGACAGUACCAGUCAAACAUGCUCAGUUCACGAUCAAAAAACAGAAGAAUCAGUGUGUCCUAAUAACAAUACCAUGGAUGAGAAUGUUAAAAAGCUUGGUUCUAAAUUUUUGAAUAUUAGUGUCGCGGGAGUAGAAACCGGGCUGACUAUUAUCAAACAACAAGCCCCCCCACCUGAAUAUCUUAACCAACUGAUCUUCCACAACAAUGGUUGGACUCCACGCUUCUUAGUCGCUCCCUUUUAUUUCUUAACAAAACUUCCGUGGAAGAAAGGUUUCAAUUCCUAUUUAAAUUAUUCGUACAUCCCAUCUUGGUUGGAUAUUGGGAAUAUUGAUCCGUCCAUUAGCAACAAUUUGAAUAUUGUACUCGGUUUCGUUUUCGCACUCGCUAAUGGUUUUGUGUUGAUAAAGUUAUUGAUAGCACAGCAAAUUAUGAACGGUGGUGUUUUGCCAAAUUGUUCGGUUGGCGUUAUCCUUAUUGUUUUCUCAACCCUUGUUGACUUUUACAUUGGGGAUGAUUAA